CCUUGAUUUCCGACGGACAUGCCUGAAAACUGUAGGCAUAUGCAACGCGUAUUUUGUAAAUAAUAUAUGUUUUAUAGUCGGCACUUCGACGUUUUAGGAAAUGAGUGACGGCUCUAACAAUUGCAAAUAUCGCCACACAUCUGCAAGUGUAAAGAAAAAUGUCGCAUUCACACGUAACGUGCAUCAGCAGACAGAUUGGCAGUGCCAGUAUCCAUGGACAUGGUCAUGGACAGUCAGAGCCACGGGUUCAGGCGACGGGCGAAUGCGCUGGCUACUCGCAUGUUCGUUGUUUGCUGCUGUAGUAGUCAUUUUAUGUUAUUUUGUAUACGUGCAGCAGAGCGACAGCAGGCUAAGCCGGCAGGUAGAUAUUCGGCUUGAGUCUCUCGCUCUGUUUAGGCAAUAUGAUCGAGAUAAUGACGGAUACAUCAGCCUUGAGGAGUUUGAGCCCCUGGCGCAUUUGCUUCGAGAAGAGAAUAUCACCCAAACUUACGAGUAUGUUCAGGAUAUCUCACUGGCCGAUGAAGUCCUUACAGUGCGUGCAUAUUUCAUACCAUUGCAACUAUCGUCAAUGACGAAGGACCUGAAUAGGUCCUACUUGAAUCCUGGACAACUAGAUCCUCUAAAAGGUCUAAAGGAGUGGAGAUUUGUUACGAAACCAUGGCGGAACAUAGCAGCUAGAUAUUUCUCAAUGUUCCUACCACCAGGUGACCAUGUUGAGACAGGCCUAGUGUGGGAUAUCGUGAAAUCUUCUCUAUCGUCGACUAGCACUGGGCAGCUGUCCAGUAACAGAUAUUUUCCACUGCGAGUUCAUAGCACAGAGGUUACACUGCACCAGCUGCUGUCAAUGUUUCAUCCACAAGUGUUUCUCUACACACGGUUCGGCCCUCAAGGAUCUACUGCCAUCGUGCGAGCAGAAAAUGCAGAUUAUUUAGAUGUCGUUUUUAGGAUUCAUGCAGAGUUUCAGCUAAAUGCCCCGCCCUACUACCCAUUGUGGUUCACCCCCGCCCAGUUCUCUGGUCGCAUUGUCCUGCGACGAGACUCUUCUGGCGUGAUAUUAUUCUAUCUGCAGGUGCCCUCUGACAGAAAGCUGAAUGUCGACAUGGAGUGGCUCAACGGCCAGAACGAAUCCGAAAACGCCGAAGUGGACAUUGGUUACAUGCCACAGAUGGAGCUUCAGUCGACCGCACCCUCUGUGCCUGGGAGCAUGAACAUUGGAAGCCAGGUCAUUGACAAGCGCUUUGUAGAGGUGGCGCCAGCAGAGCAGUCAAUUCAACUCAGUGAUAUUCAAUGGCAGAGAGAAAUGUCUGAAGAACAAGCCCGGAGAAUUUUGGAGAAAAAAAUGUACCAUUUUAAAAAGGUGCCGUACCACCCGCUAUCUGAGGCACUGAAGCGAGCUGAAGCAGAGAGGAAGCUGGUACACAGCAUCGUGCUGUGGGGUGCCCUGGAUGACCAGUCUUGCUGAGGGUCAGGGCGGGCCCUGCGAGAUGGAGCACUCGCGAGUCCGCCCGUUAUCUCUCUCCUGCAAUCCUACUAUGUCUCCUCCUGGUCUCUCGUGGCAGACCUCAAGCAGAUGUUGGCUGGAGAAGAUUCUGACCUAUCCAGUGUGGCUUCUCAGCUGCUUGAGGUCUACAGCUUCCCUGUUCAAUCUAUCUUACUACUGCCGAAUGGAACAGUAUUGCAUCAUGUCAAUGCUAACGAGCUCAUGGAUGUCAGUGAUGAAGAGUACACACUACUGAAUGGGUUUUGGGAUCCAGUGGACAAAAAUUAUGCUAAGUUUCUGGAAGAAGGCAUUGCAAGAACCAAUGUCUACAGUGGCAGGUAGAAAACGUUGGAGGAUCAAUAUAAUCCUGGCUGUCCCUGGUCUUUACCUCAGAGAAAUAUCACGAUUUAUACUGGUCAUUUUGACCAAUCUAGCUAUUUUGGGCAACUAGUUAUACAGGUUUUGAUUUUUAACAUAUAUGUAAGUUGUUUAUAUCUGGGAAUUGUGGAAAAAUGAUUUUGGUUUGACAUUAAUUUGAUUAAAUAAUGUGAUUUUGGUUUAGAUGUGAUGAAGCGACAUAUAGCUCUGAAAUUAAGUGUGUGUGAUAAUAAAAAAUCAUGUUGGCAGCUAGAUAUGAUCGAAUAUAUAUAUUUAUGUGUAAUUUAUGACAAGGUUUAUUACACAGUUGUUAGCAGUUGCAACUAUGCAGUUCUCUGAUAGCAAUACGUACUAUCAGAAGUAGAUAAUAGGGAAUCUACUUCCUUAUUAUCUACUUCUGGUACUAUUAGUCUGCUGAAAUCUUGUAUGAUAAAAACGUGGUUGCUGACUAGCAGUUCGUUCUAGCCUCGUAUAUGAUUCAAUGCAUCAUCUCAAGCUUCCGGAGCAAUGACGGCGGCCUUCGCAAUUGCAAUGUGCAUGAUCGCUGCUCGAGGCCCACACUGGAUGCCAGAGCAGUUUUGCAUUAUUCAGUACGAUAUGUUGGAAAUAUUGUUUGUUCAGUUUGGUAUUAGCAUAGAUAUAUACAAAUAUAUAUUCGUGUUUGUAUAUAUCUAUGUUAUUAGUAACUACCUCUUUAGUUUACAACGUGACUCCUUCGACUGGUAGUUAAAUUAACUGUACUCCGUAUCCUAUGUUAUACUUCUUCUUGGGUCACUACACAACACUCAACCUAGUUACUGCAGCACACAGGACCUUGCACAGUGGUAGAAAACCUCAAGGUCUACAGGGCUCUCAUGUAGCCUCAGUGCUAUGUUAUACCCAAUCCAGCCUUACAUGAGGUUUUUUUUUAGUAAAUUGGCGAAAGAAGAAUAUUAUUAAAUGUUUCGGGUUGUGCUGUGCUAAUCAGCAAUCCUGCUGCUGUCGUAAUGCAGCAUGCUAACUUUUAUUCUUACAUGUAGGGACUUUUCCCAAGCGACUAUUUUUAGUCUAUUUUUCUAUACUGGUUGUGAUGAAGUUGGUGUGUGAAAAUUUGUUGUGCUUUCUAUUAUAAAAUGAUAUUUAGUGAUAAUAAUAGUGUGGUGUAAACAUGCAUGAAUUUUUAUAUAUUUAUUUGAAUAAAUAUGUUAUUUACUUUAA